AUGAAAAGCAUGUUGGAAAUCCAGGUGUCUGAGGCUCAUUUGUUAUGCUGGCUUAUCUCAUUAUACCACAAAAUUACAUGCAACUUAAAAUACCCCUUUCUUCAUCAUUGCACUUACUUAUGUUUUCCUUUUUCUCUAGAUUAUUUGCGCCAAAGCUACGGCCUGUCCACAGACUUCGCUGCCCCGUGCGACUACAACAAACUGGUGCUUUCUCUACUGUCGGGGCUCCCAAAUGAAGUGGACUUCGCGGUCAACGUUUGCACUUUGCUUUCCAAUGAGAGCAAGCACGCCAUGCAGCUGGACAAGGACCCCAAACUGGUCACGCUCCUGCUCGCCCAUGCAGGGGUCUUCGAUGACUCGCUCGGCAGUUUUUCUGGGGUUUUUGGGACAGACUGGAAAGAGAAAACCUCCCGGGACUUUGUCAGGUUCUGGAAGGAGGGUGAAGACAAUGAAGUCAGAGAGCUCCUUUGGGAUAAGACUAGUCCAGCACAAGAAGGCAGUGAGUGUUGGCUCUUCCACCCCCCGCGGGCCCAGGGCAUCAGCGACAUGGAGUCCCAGAGGGUGCUGCAGGUGGCGGUGAUCUUGAGAAACUUGUCCUUCGAAGAGGCCAACGUGAAGCUGCUUGCCGCCAACCGGACGUGCCUGCGCUUCCUGCUGCUCUGCGCACACUGCAGCCUCAUCUCGCUCCGACAGCUCGGGUUGGACACGCUCGGGAACGUCGCAGCAGAGUUGUGUUUGGACCCCAUAGACUUCAGGACGACUCACCUGAUCUUUCACACUAUCACCAAAUGCUUGAUGUCCAGAGAUCGGUUUCUCAAAAUGAGAGCCAUGGAGAUCCUGGGUAACCUGAGUAAAGUGGAGGACAACGGCGUGCUGAUCUGUGAGUACGUGGAUCAGGACUCGUACAGGGAGGUGAUGCUUCUGCUCACGCUGCCGGACCUCAUGCUGCUCAUGGCAUCUCUGGAGGUGCUCUACCUUCUGGCUCAGCUCGGAGAAGUGCCCUGCAGCAAGAUCUCCUCUGUCGAGCACAGUAUAGACCUGUUAGUACGGUUAGUAUCCAUAGACCUACACACAUUUGGCCCUGAUGCCCUGACAGCCGUGAGGUUGAUAGAGCACCAGGCUAAUGCAGAACAGGCUGCUGAAGUGCGCCCUCAGCUGGUAGAGCAAGUCCCUUCAGCUGUACCGGGAGCCCCAGCACCAGUGACGAGAGUCCCAGGGCAGCCCACCCAACCUCCUCCGGGUAUCGUCGAGCUUGAUGGGGAGAAAUUCACACUGCAAUGGCUGAAUGCACACUUUGAGACCAGUCCAGAGGGCAGCGUCUCCAGAUCGGACAUGUACUCGGAAUAUCUGACCACCUGCAGCAAAAUGGGACGAACCAACAUUGUCAACUCCACGGGCUUCCUCAAAUGUCUACGGACUGUGUUCCCAAACCACACAAUGCGGCGGCAGGAGGAGUCCAAGGCAAAUGGACAGCUCCAUAUUCUCCUGGUUGGGAUCAAGCGGAGAACGAUCCCUCUGCCUGUUCAGCUCUACUAUCAACAGCAGCAGCAGAACCCGGCAGCACCCCCUGUGGCUCGGCACGAAACUCCGGGAGACCCACAAGCUCCUCCUCCAGGUUUACCACCAGGACAUCCCGGACAGUUUCCCCGACCCCCAGUUCCACCUUCACAUGACUCUCCGCACCCCUCCCAGCCUUGCGCCCCUCCACGCCCCCCUUUACCUGCUCAAAUCUCCCCUCAGAUCACCCAAAACCCACAACCACCUCUACAACAACAACCUGUCCCAAACAUCCGACCUCCUAUGGCUGUUCAAAUCCCCCUCAACUCCUCCUCACCCGCUCUGCAACAUCACAGUCCGCAAAUCACUCAAAACACAGCGCCCUCUACUGUCCCUUCUGCGCCACAACAACAGCACUCUCCUAUGCUUCCCAGUGGGACCCCAGUCACAUUAUUCCAACAAGUACCACCUGGCCACAUCCUCACGGCGCGGGUACAAGGUGUGUGCCCGCCAAUCCAACAACCACAAAUUUCCCCACAAAUGGACCCUUCUCAAACUUCAUCUUUAACAGGAAAUGGCACGGGUACUAUCCCAAAUGCACCUAAUUCACAAGCCUCUAGGGUUGCGUUUCAAAAUAUUGCCCCCAAACCAGCUCCUGCUACUUCAAUAGCCAAUCAAAAUCAAAGCGUAGUAAUAGUGAGUCCACAGCAGUCGCAAACAUACAAUCCUGCCAUUCACCAGAUAGUUUUAGCUAACCCUACACCCCAAACUAUUCAAAUUGCAACAGGGCAAGCCUCCUCUUCCACCUCUGGCACGCUUUCACCCAAUAACAUGCAUUCAAACCAAAACAUCAGCCACACCCUGUCCAAAAGACCGCAGUUAUCUCCAGCGUCCCCUAUUGCUCCUCCACCGCAGCCUACCUCCACAGAGUCAAGCUUAAUCAAACAGCUAUUGCUUCCAAAAAGAGGUCCCACGACACCAGGGGGAAAGCUAAUACUACCUGCCCCACAAGUACCGCCUCCAAACAGCGCCAUUGCCCCAAGUACACAGGUUCUUUACCAGCCCCCUCAACCACAGCAGCUAAAUGUCCAGUUGGUCCCGGGGCAGAUACAGACACCGGUUGCACCUACGUUGCUAAUGCCGGGGCAAAUCAUUACGACGAGUUCAUCAGGAGCGGCCAUUAUCCAGGCUCCCAGUGCCGCCGCUGGGAUGGCGUUCACUGUAGUUUCCAACACGGGGUUCACGAGUUCCACGGCGGCAGUUGCUGUUAGCCAGGGAGCAGUGGCGCCGAGUGUUCCACCAAACUCACUCUCAUCUGGGACAGUCCCACAGCACGUGCUACAACCACCCCAACCGCCGCCCCCACCUCCAGCGCCCCUCAGAGGAGACAAGAUCAUCUGUCAGAAGGAGGAGGAGGCCAAGGACGCCACAGGACUGCACAUCCACGAGAGGAAGAUAGAAGUCAUGGAGAACAACUCUAUGUCUGAAGACUCUGCCAAAAGUAACGGGGUGACGGAGGGGGCCAAGCUGCUAAAUGGGCGCAAGUGCGUGGAGUCAGAUCUACCUCCAUACCACUCAGGGAACAGCCAGGGGGCGCUCAACGGCCCUGCCUCAGAGGGACAUCCUGCCAAUGGGAAGCAGGCGCACUCCCCAAUGAUGGAGGAGAGAGAGCAGCACCCCGAACCCAAAAAGACUCUGGUGAACGGGGUGUGUGACUUUGAGGGGGUGAAUUUUAACAAAAACAUUCCAAAUCACAUCGCUUCCAAACAGUUUAUGGGGAAUGGGGAGGUGGACCCCUCGGAGAAGCCUGUCCCACAGCAGGACACUGCCAAAGCCCUCACCAAUGGACCCCAGACUGUCUCUAAUGGACCUGUAGGGCCCGCUGUGCCUGCUCUGAGACACUCCUCCCCUCCCCCAGUCCCUGUCCCUGUCCAGAGCCAGUCCAACGCUAACGGGGUCUCCUCCGAGGGGCGCUGCCUCAAACGCCCUGCGGAGGAGGAGCGAACGGUGGCCUCUGGGAUCCCAAACAAAGUGGGAGUGCGUAUCAUCACCAUCAGUGACCCCAACAAUGCGGGCAGCAGCUCCACCAUGGUGGCUGUCCCCGCAGGCACAGACCCCAGCACAGUAGCCAAAGUAGCAAUAGAGAGCGCCACCCAGAGGAACUGCAGUGCGCCACAACCCACCAGUACAGGACAGCCCACAGUAACGUCGCCCCCUCUUCCUCCUGUGUCCCAGCCGGCCCCAGUGUCCAGCCCUCAACCCACACCUCUGCCCCCUUCAGCAGCUCCUGCUCCGGAGCAGAGCAGGAAACCAGGGCAAAACUUCAAGUGUCUGUGGCAAUCCUGCAAAAGGUGGUUUGACACACCUAGCAAGGUGUUCUACCACGCAGCCACACAACACGGAGGCAAAGAGGUGUAUGGAGGCCACUGUCAGUGGGAGGGCUGUGACCCCCUGCCCCGGCAGAGACUCUCAUUCAUCACACAUCUACAGGAUAAGCACUGUUCUCGAGAGGCUUUACUGGCCGGACUGAAGCUGGAGGAGCAGAGGGCGCAGAGUCCUAAUCAGACUUCCUCUCAGACUCCACCAGUGGGGGGCAGUACUCCAGCACCAAGAGCACCAAAAGCUAUUGUCAAUCAUCCGAGUGCAGCUCUGAUGGCCCUGCGCCGUGGCUCUCGAAACCUCGUCUUUAGGGACUUCACUGAUGAAAAGGAGGGACCAGUGACGAAACACAUACGACUCACUGCUGCCUUAACGUUAAAGAACAUAGCAAAGCACUCAGACUGUGGUCGCAUGUAAGUGUCCAAGUAACCCUAACCCUAACUCUCACUGAAGCAGUCACAGGAGUCCACACUUCUUUGUGCAAUCAGCAACCUGUGAACAGUGAGCUUUGAGAUGAGGACUGUGAUGCACUGUGAUUUUUUAUUUUUAUUUAUUUAUUAUUUUUUUUUUUUAAAUGACUAGACCUGACUAGAGGCGUCAUUAAUAAAAAUAUAGAUGCACUUGCACAACAUUAUGAAUCAUAACAAAUGCAUAUGAGCAAAGACACCACCAAAUUGUCCUUUUUAUAUUACAGUAAUUUUCCAACUUUUAUAUAUCUGUAUAUACUUUAUCUUGCAUAUCUAUUGAUACUUUUAUUAUUUUACUGUUCUUGUACUAUGCAUUCUCCACACUGAACUUUACCCACAGAGACUAAUAACUAUUCUCGUAUCAAGGGCUGGAUAUCAUUAGGAAGUUGCCGAUACGAUACAUAUCUUGAUACAGUGAGCUUUUGAUUCGAUACGAUUCAAUAUGAUUUAUUUCAAAUCGAUUUGUUAUGGUUCAAUUAAAAAUAAAGGCUAAAUCAUGGCUGUGGUACUAAGUCUUUCUUAAACCACU